AUGUCGUGUCUCACCUGCAGUAAUUGCGGAUUCGUCAAUUUCCUUCCACCAGAACCACAGCUACAGACUCUCCAAACUAUCCAGAGCUCCGACAACCUCAUUUCGCAAGUUCUACGUGGGUCACGUACAUUGCUUGACUCUGAGCAUGCCUCGAUGAGGGAAGAAAUUGCAAAGCUAGAACCGUUGCGGUCUUGGUACGAUGUACAGCUUCAGGAGAUCCAGUUGCGUCGCCAUGCAGUGCUGAAAGCCCUGGAAAAUCGAGAGUCGAUCUACACCCCCAUCCGUCGUCUUCCCCGAGAUAUUCUCGUCGAAAUCUUCCAUUCCGUUUGCGACAUUUGGUGGCAGGGUGCAGACGAGGACGAACUUCGUGACAGCCUAGACCUAUCCGGACCUCUUUGGGCUUUAAGCCGCGUCUGUGGGCUUUGGAGGGAUGUAUUACAUUCAUCGCCAGCGUCCUGGGCUCGAUAUGUCUUGGUGAAAUUCCCCUUCUCCAAGCAUGCUUGUGAGAUAUUGCAGACCUAUCUCGAGCGCACAGGCGAACACCCUCUCAGUCUGAUGAUCAUUAACGAUAGUACCCGUCUCAUAUUAGACGGCGAAAUCAUCCCCUUACUCGUUCAAUCCUGCCAUCGGUGGAAGAAUGUGCGCAUUCGCACUACCUUGCGUCAUACGCACUGCUUGGAUUCUAUAUCGCAUCUUCCCGUCCUGCAGACGAUUGAGAUAGAUAUCACGGAUGACGACGACUAUUGCUCGAACAUAUGCUUGAAUGCCCCGCGGCUAUGGCAAGCAACCCUUCCAAGCCAAGGAAUAUCUCAAGUGAAGUUACCGCCAGGGAUAACUCAUUAUUCCGGACAUAUCACCUGCCCGGAAGACUUACAGCUUCUUUCACAGCUACCCAAGCUUAGAACCUGUCACCUCGAGUCAAGUUGGAUGUCGCCAGCCUCAUUUGAGGCGCCGGUGGUUAUGGCGGAGCUCCGCGAGCUCUAUGUACAGGAUUUAGAUAUCCUCAAGCUCUUAACGGCACCAAUACUCCAAAGCCUGACCAUUACUGCAGAUAUACCGAAAUCAUUGUCCAACGUCACCCUCUUCUUCCAUCGAUCGGGAUGUCGUCUUGAGAGCUUCAGUAUAUGCAUGGACGUAUUGGAGUCGGAACCACCGACCUCAAUCAGCAAUAUGUUCUCAUCUGAAGCAUGUUCUACGAUUUCUCACCUCAAACUCGAACUCGGGUCGGUAUGGUACAACAUUGCUAGGGCCCUCACUUCUUCCUCGAUCCUAUCCAAUCUGCACCGUCUCAUCCUCUGCUUUGAGAAUCAGUAUUUCCGCCAUUCGCAGACAGAGAGGCUUCCCCUACUUGAUAUGAUCCGCUCCCGCCGUGAUGCAGGACUGAAAACGAUCGAAGUACAGUUCAAUGAGGAGGAGGGGAGCGAUUUUGACGAUCGUGAUAUAGAGGCUGAUAUCCGAAUUCUUAUUGGGGACAAUUUGGAGAUGCGGGUUGAGAAGUGGAGCUCGCUGCAUCUGGACCACCGACUGUUAUUCUGA